AUGUUCUGUUGCUUCAUACCGAUAUUCCUCCAGCUACUCCUGGAUAUCGAUUGCUGGGGAUUUGCUCUUUGUCCUCUUGUCAAGAUAAUUUCAUCUUGUACAAAGUUUAAGACAUUCUUAAGAUCUUCCGUCGCUUGUCUUAGUGAUGUUAUUAUUAUUAAACCAGGUCAGACAAUCUUCGCUUUCUGCAAACAAAUAAAUGAAAAUCACAUUUACUUUCCAGGUGAUGUUUAUGUUCCUCAGAAACUCAGUUGUAACCUGAUAUCCACCUCGUUUACAUCCAUUCAAAAAUCAGAUGAGUCUGUGGUAGCCGUUGUUAUCCAUUCUCCUUUGGCUUCUUACCUUGAUAUUGCUUCUAAAUCAAGAGUUGAAAAUGGUUAUACGUUUCAACCGCUUGCUUAUAAAGUUGUGAAUACUGCAGUUUGGGUUUCUUUAAUUAUCAAGUGUUCUAUAACUUUCAUUUUUCUAACUUCAAUAUUUAUUUGCGCAUUACCUAUUGGUGAUCUUAGUCAUCAGUUUUAUCGCCUGCAAAUCUGGUUUGCCCACACUCUUGGUAUUGUUAUUGCUUCUUCAAGCUUCUCAUUGUAUUUCAUAUGGAUGGUUGCCACCGCUGUUGUCACAUUCCACUUCCAGAAUGUUCUUUCUAACGCUCAGGAUCAUUUUAAACUUAUUGAUGGCAAUAACUUCAAAUCUCCAUAUGUAUUUUUCCAACCCAACAUGUCUAAGGUGUCCAAAUCAAACACAUUAACUUUUCACUCGCUUAUCUCCAAUCUUCGCUGCUUUGGCUUUAUGGUAAGCAAGAUUAAGCUUGUUUAUGUAUUUACUAAACAUUUACCCUCUGGUUCGUAA